AUGGGGGAAGAGGACCUCCCCAGCGACCAAAAACACGUCAGAGACCAAAGACGCCAGCGACCAAACACGCCAGAGACCAAAGACGCCAGCGACCAAAGACGCCAGCGACCAAAGACGCCAGAGACCAAAAACACGCCAGUGACCAAAGACGCCAGAGACCAAAAACACGCCAGUGACCAAAGACGCCAGAGACCAAAAACACGCCAGCGACCAAAGACGCCAGAGACCAAAAACACGCCAUCGACCAAAGACGCCAGAGACCAAAGACGCCAGCGACCAAAGACGCCAGAGACCAAAAACACGCCAGCGACCAAAGACGCCAGAGACCAAACACGCCAGCGACCAAACCCACGCCAGCGACCAAACCCACGCCAGCGACCAAACCCACGCCAGCGACCAAACCCACGCCAGCGACCAAACCCACGCCAGCGACCAAACCCACGCCAGCGACCAAACCCACGCCAGCGACCAAACCCACGCCAGCGACCAAACCCACGCCAGCGACCAUCUCGUAGCCUAAGAGGCCCACCAAGCAGGGUGUCGCAAGCCAGCCGACGAGACAGGCCUGGCCAUCGCCGAGCGGCAGAAACCGCCAGAUACACACACCGGCCGCUUCGUCCCAGGAGACUGUCCAACUCUAAGGUCGCGGCCAGCGGGCUGUGA